AUGUCCGACUCUCCGGCCGCCCGUGCCAAGGCAGUGGCCUCUGCGGCCAUCGAUCCGGCCAACAUCGAUGCGUUCAUCGUCAAGCUCAACAAGGUCAUGCAGACGCCUGGCGGCAUUGACGCCGUGCUGGCCGCUGUCUGCUACGGCGCCCGACUCGGCUCCGUCAUCCUCAACACUGCCGGCGGCCGCGCCCUCUUCCACGAGCCCGUCCGCCAGCUCGCUGCCGUGCUGCUGGCCCUACCCACGCGGGCAUCUGCCUCGGCUCUCGUGCUGGUCACAUCCAGCGGCAACAAGAACACGAACGUCACGACGGCCGGCGCCGCCAAGGCCGCCGCGGGCGCCUCGGCGCUUGUCCUCGCGCAGCGCCUGCGCGCACUGGGCACACUUCUGACGGAGGCGCGCAUGAUGCUGCGCCUGUGGGGUCUGCUGUCCAUGUAUGUGUGGGCGCGCCAGCUGGUGGGCCAGCUGCUGGCCCGGCGGCGUGUGGCGGCUGCGGCCCAGAAGGAGAAGGCGGCCGCCGCCGCGGCGGCUGCAGAGCCGUCCGACAAGACCAAGGAGGGCGAGGAGAAGGCCGCGGUGGCCGAGAAGGAGGCAGCCGCCAAGGUGGUCCCGCCGACGUCGACGGCCGAGACCCUUGUCGGCUGGACGCAGCUGCUGUCGUGCAUUGUGUACCAGGUGACGGAGAACGCUGCGUACCUGUCGGGCAAGGGCGUGCUGGGCGCGACGCCCGCACAGCAGGGCAAGCUGUACCGCUGGAGCAGCCGGGCCUUCUCUGUCUUUGUGGCCGCCGAGCUGGGCCGCUUGGCCGUGCAGUCCAUGCACCAGACGACCGACACGCCGGCCAAGAAGGCCCAGGCCCUCGAGCUGCACAAGAACAUGGUGCGCUACGCAUCGCUGGCGCCCGUCAUGGCACACUGGGGCAUGGAGAAGGGCUUCCUGAGCGACGUCUCACUGACCAUUCUGGGCUGCAUUCCGGCGGCCAUCCAGAUCCACAAGACGUGGAAGGAGACGUGA